UGACCACUUGCGUCAGUUGAGAAUUUCACUUCGCUCGAGUUAGAACAUUCGUCGCAGACAAACGCGCAUAUUCCAAAAAGUAUUUUGACUUAAUCGUCUUUGUCGUGUACAGUUUUGCAAAUUAAACAAAAAAUAAUAUAUAAUGGCUCCCCGCAAUAAGGAACAAGAACAAGAAGUCCUCAACUGGAUCUUCGCUGUGUUGGGUGAGAAAGUGCCCGCCGGCCAAUACGAAGAUAUUCUCAAGGAUGGCAUUGUACUCUGCAAGUUGAUCAACAAAUUGGCGCCCGGUUCGGUGAAGAAGAUCCAAGAGCGUGGCACCAACUUCCAAUUGAUGGAGAACAUUCAACGCUACCAAGCAGCCGCCAAGAAGUACGGUGUACCCGAAGAGGAAAUUUUCCAAACAGCCGAUCUCUUCGAACGUCGUAAUAUUCCACAAGUCACAUUGUCGCUUUACGCGCUCGGACGCAUCACACAAAAGCAUCCAGAAUACACUGGUCCCUCACUCGGACCCAAAAUGGCUGAAAAGAAUGAACGUGAAUUCACUGAAGAGCAACUGCGCGCUCAUGAGGGGCAGCUCAAUCUGCAGAUGGGCUACAAUAAGGGCGCUUCACAGGCGGGUCAUGGCGGUUUCGGCAAUACACGCCACAUGUAAUGUGGUUGUCAAGUCAAGCUGGCCGUCUUCGUACAUGCGACAUCGACAUGCGCGCUGGUAUACACAUGUGUAUAUGUGUGUGUAAGUUGUUUUUUGUAUAAAAAAUAUAAUAGUUUUUAUUAUUUUUGUUUGUUGUCUAUUAUUUAAAUGGGCAUUGUUUUUGGGGCAUUUUUAUUUGUUCUUUUAGUAUUUAUCUUCUACCAUAAAUUGUAAUAAAUAAAUUUAAAUAAAAUAAAUGAAAAUAAAAUGUAGCUUUUACAUGAA